UUUUUUUUAAGUUUUUGCUCGUGGGUGAUACUCUGGUUCUUGUGCUUUCCUCUUUUUGUACAAAUCACUCUUUUUUUUUUUAAUGCCUACCACAUAUAUUCCAACUAUCAAGAAAGAAAAAGCACACGAUGGGGAAAUAUGGUGUGUUGAUUGGUCAAGAAACACUAAUCUCGUGGCUUCAGGAUCUUGUGACAAUAAUGUGAAAAUAUGGGAUGGCACAUCAGGGGAAUUGCUUUGGACUUUGGAAGGACAUACACUUGGGGUUAUCUCUGUCCACUUUUCUACCGAUGGCACUCGACUUGUAUCAUCAUCUAUCGAUUCAACAUUAUGUAUAUGGGAUAUGACUCAAGAAGGAAAAUGUAUCAAAGUAAUUACAGCAACACCUGUCGAAGCAUGGACAGCUCGAUUUCAUCCUGAUGGUACUAGAAUUGCAACUGGAUCUCAUGAUGGAAAUAUCAACAUUUAUAACAUUGAAUCUGGAGAAAAAGAAGAAUCAUUAGCAACCAAGAAUAAUUUUAUCAUGUGUACAGUCUUUAGUAAUGAUGGAAAAUAUUUGGCAGGUGGAUCUCAGGAUGGAUCUAUUUACGUAUUUAAUAUGGAAUCAGAUCAAUUGGCUCAUACAUUAUCAACACAUGCAUUGGCAGUACGAACUUUAUCAUUUGCACCAGACAACAAGACUUUAAUCAGUGGCAAUGAUGAUAAAUGUAUCUAUGUGUAUGAUGUAGAACAUGGGCAAUUGGCAUCUGUUUUGACAGGACAUUCUGGUUGGAUUUUAUCUGUAGCAACAAAUCCUGAUAUGGGAAAACAACAAGUAUGUAGUGGAAGUGCUGAUAAUAAAAUCAAGGUAUGGGAUCUUACUACUCGAUCAGUAUUGGAAACUCAAGAAACACAAGUAGACCAGAUUUGGGGUGUAGCAUGGAAUCAAGAAGGAAAUAAAUUUAUCUCAGUAUCAGAUGAUGGUAGUCUUCAAUGGUUCGCUAGCAGUGGAUCUUCUUAGAAAUAAAAAAUAAAAAAAAACAAAAGCUUUUGUCUUACAUUUUUUUACCGUUCAAAUGAAA